GAGUUACGUCGUAGGUCUUAGCGAGAUCCAGUCGCCGCGACGCCGGUCUUUACUCCUCCGGAACCUCCCUCGGUAGCUCGCCGCCGGAAGAAAAGAAACAAUAUCGCUGCUGCUGCGCUGAAAAACCCGUACUCCGCAUUUAGUACACGUACUUAUCCCGGCAAGCCGUACCGACUCCACGUGAACAGCUGGUAGGAUUGAGACCUGGCUCAUUUACUGUGCAGUUUCGGCAACGCGAUAAUUUCUGUGCGAUUUUGGGUGGUCUGCACAGAACUAUGCAAAUUUUGCUCUAUCGAAUCAACAUCCUUUUCUAUAAUAGUCUCUUAGAAGGAGUGUUUUCCUUGUUAUAACUUGAAACACGUUGCACCACCAAUUACGAGCAAUUUUUUUUUUCAACUGUGUACUGGAUAGCGGUACUAUCGAAACCGCAUCGUUGGUUAUUAUUGUUGAUAUUUAUUGUAAAGGAAAUAUAUUUUAAUCUGUUAUUUAUUUUAAAGUUUUAUUGAAAUAUAUACUAUUAUCGAACGUUUCUGUUCGUGGGAGACCAUGUCUGUGUCGAUGAAUAGCGUUCCAUAUUUAAAUACGUCUCCCGAGUUAGAUGAAAGGUUUUUCCAAAACGAUUAUUCAAAAAACAAUGAUAUAUUUCAGAGGAUAAAUGCUAUGCUUGAAAAUACAUUAGAUAUGUCAAACUCCAAUGAACCUAUCCAUAGAAAGACCAACCAAGAUACUACAGUAGCCGAUAUUUUAGGUCUAGGAAAUAGAACAAAUUUUUCUGGAUGUUCUAACGUUCUUGGACUGCCAAGUUUAAAUGUUCCUACUGGAAAUAUGCCAAACAGCCUUUCUUAUGCCUCUAGUUCUAAUAUGAGUUACAGCCCUGCACAGAAUAAUCCUUUAAAAUCUUACAACUACAGCUCUGUUAAACCAUAUGAUGUUAGUAACUCAAUAAGCAAGUUAUUAUCUCAAAAUUGGACAAAUAAUUCGUCUAAUGGUAUGCGAGCAAUAAGAGCUGCAUCACCUCAAUUGUCAUUUACGCAAGACACUUCUACCUUUGAACAAGCUUUAUUGAUGGGAUGUGAUAGUUAUCGGGAAAGCCGAAGCUCAUCUCCCACAGAAUCCGAUACCAGUGGAAUCAGUAGUGUAUCGGAACUGAGCAGUCUUUCAGAUUUAAUGAAUAACUUAAAUCUGGGAACAACUGUUGGUUCAGGAUCUGGAGUUACAUCUGCUUCUCCUUUAAACAAUUCUGUGUGUCGACCAGAUGAGCUGCCUGUAGUUUCUUCCCCAUUUUUCUUAGACAGACGGUGGUCAGUAAACUCUGUUUUAAAUGGCAAUUAUGGUGAUUUAGAUUCUAUUGAAAGAGCUGCUAGACUUUAUAGGAAUGCUGCUGCAUUUUGUGAAGCUAAUUGCACGUGGAGUGGACAGUUGCCUCCACGCGCUCAUAAGAAUCCAACUUACUCGUGUAAAGUUUUCUUAGGUGGAGUGCCCUGGGACAUAACUGAAGCUGGUCUUGUGGAAGCUUUUGCUCCAUUUGGAUCUAUUAAAAUUUUGUGGCCUGGGAAGGAUAGCCGUAGUGCCUCAUAUCCACCAAAAGCUGGAUAUGUCUAUAUAAUCUUUGAAGCUGAAAAGCAUGUGAAGUCCUUGUUACAAGCAUGUACGCAUGACUACAGUAAUGGGGGAAAUUGGUAUUUCAAAAUUUCUUCUAGACGAAUGAGAUCAAAAGAGGUUCAAAUUAUUCCUUGGGUAAUUAGUGAUAGUAACUUUGUCCAUUGUCCUUCACAAAGGCUGGAUCCUAGCAAAACUAUAUUUGUUGGUGCAUUACAUGGUAUGCUAAAUGCUGAAGGUCUCGCCCUUGUUAUGAACGACUUGUUUGGUGGUGUAGUUUAUGCUGGAAUAGAUACUGACAAAUAUAAAUAUCCUAUUGGUUCUGGACGAAUUACUUUUAAUAAUCACAAGAGCUAUAUGAAAGCAGUUUCUGCUGCUUUUAUUGAAAUCAAAACUCCUAGGUUCACAAAAAAGGUUCAAUUGGAUCCAUACUUAGAAGAUGCUAUCUGCUCCAGUUGUCAAAUUCAACAAGGGCCAAUUUUUUGCAGAGAUGCAUCUUGCUUUAGAUACUUCUGUCGCAGUUGCUGGCAGUGGCAACAUUCUGUUGAUACUUUUCGUAAUCACAAGCCUUUGAUGCGAAACAAGACCAAUCGCUAAUUAGCUACAGACCAAUUUAGAUAAUUGCACAUUUAUUAGCUUCGUGGCACCUGCCAGUUUUAUUUUUGCUCCUUUUUUCAAUGUAUAUUCAUUGGAAUGUGUUUUUAUAUCCCCUGGCAGGUCUUUUAAUUUGCUGUUCAACAGGAACUUUCAUUGUUGGUGUAACGUUCCAAAACUAAUGUUUGAUCGGACGGCUUCAAAAUGAAGUCUUUUAUGUUAACAUUUCUGUUGUACAAAGUUCCUUCAUCAAUGCCAGAGUUUUUGUUGGAAAACUGAGGAAAUGACGUGAUAUUUUAUGUUUAAACUGUGACGAGAAGUCACUUAAGAUUUUCUUACAGCUGUUUAGUUUUAUCAAGAAGAGCUUGUUUAAUAGGAUAGUUAUUUUGGGGGCUACCAAAGAUUAUAUUUUAAUCCUUUUUGUAUGGUACCAUGGCUGUGUGGGCUUUCAAUAUUAUGCAUUGCUGGUGUUGAGAAUGUCAACAAACUAGUAAGAUGUUUAACCCAUGGAUUUUAAAGUAACCUUUAUCAUGCAGCCUUUCUGGACUUUAAAAAAAAAGCAUUUAUUACGUGUACGUAGCUUCAAUCUGAAUUUUAACUAAACACUUCUGUGCUGUUUACUCUGCACCCAAUACUUAUUGCUGAUGUAUGCAUUAGCAUUGAAUUUUACGCAUAACACUAGUCUCAAUGCCUUUUUCUACAUUUAAGAGCUAGGUACUCGUUCAUGUUUUUUAACCUUACGCAUUGUUAUUUAAUCACAAAUGUUCUUAAUGGGCUGCGUUGGAAACGUGUGCCGGUUUAAUUUUCUUAGCCCCUUCCAGUUGUUCUUUAACGUGAAAUUUGAGCUUUGAACUGUUCUUAACUUUCAUCGGAGAGUGUUUUAUUUACUUUUAUUUUUAGCACGAAAGGUGAUUCUUUUAAUUUCAGUGGGUAGCAAAGGUGUUCUUAAAUGAUUAAAAAGAAAUUAACAUUUAGAAUUUUCUCUUCCAUAUCCAUGUGCCUAACUACUUGCCAUAGAUGUGAAGGCUAGUCAUUCGAAGUUCCUUGUAUCUAGCUAGCCAGGAAGCAAAAUGGCCUUUUCUAGAUUUUAUCAAUUGCCUUUAAAUCACUCGGUGUUUAAAUGUAUGGCAGCACCAUAGUCAUGUUGUGAUUAUUUAUUGUUGAAAUGUUUGAAGAUGAUGGCUAUGAUUACUGUGCUAAAAGAUUUACUAAUUGACUAACUUGAAUAUAUAAGAUUUUUCAAAGUUUUAAAAGUAGAGUUUAAUUUAAGCACAGCAGCUUCUGUGUGCAAUACGGGUACUGUGCAUUCCAUGACCCACUUUCUUGCCGAAAUUGUUUUAAUUAUAAAAAAUACAUAUGUAUUUUUUGGCUGUUUUGUUUUCCAUAGAUUAAUAAAGAAUUAAAACGUU